GCCGCAUGGCCGUGUCGGGCAUUUUGAGGCAGUGACAGGCCUGGCCUGGGCUGUUGGCCCGUGGACGCCCAGCUCAGGACCUCAGCAUCCUGCCUUGCCUGAAGGAGAGCAUGGAAGAACAGGAUGAGAAGCCCCCCGGGGCCCUGAAGGACUACAUGCAGGACUCUCUCCUUCCUCAAGAGAUUAUUGUCAAGAUGGAGGGAGAAGAUCCUGGGUCACUGGCCAUCCCAUCCCAGGAAGGAGUGAACUUCAAAAUUGUGACUGUGGACUUCACUCAGGAGGAACAGAGCCCUUGGAACUCUGCUCAGAGGAUCCUAGACAGAGAUGUGGUCCUGGAAAACCACAGGGACAUGGUCUCUUGGGACGUGGCAAGUGCACUUGGAAGAACAGAGUCAACUUCCAAGCAGAGUGUUUUUGAUGAAGAACCAUUCCAUGGAGUGAAGAUAGAAAGGUUGACAAGGGAUGAUCUUUGGUUAUCUUCCUGUGAAGGAGUCCAUGAUUCUAAAGAGCAGUUGGAUAAUCAGCAGGAUAAAGAAGAGAGAAUUUUUCACGAAGUAGCAUUCACUCAGAGAAAAGCUCUUAUUCAUGAGACAGUCUGCAAAAUUGAUGAACUUGAGAAGAAUGGUCUGAAUUCCAGUCUUCUUUCACCCCCGAUGAUACCAGUAAGAACCCAUUUUUAUAAACAUGCACUACAUGUUAAAAAAUUCCCUCAUAAUUCUGUUGUAAACAGUCAUCAGAAGAUUGAUGAAAGUGAGAAACUAUGUGAAAAUAAUGAAUGUGGAAAAUCCCCUCAGAGUAUUCACCUUAUUCAGUUUACAAGAACUCGAACAAAAGAUAAAUCCUAUAGAUUUAGUGACAGUGCUCAAUCUUUUAGCCAUGGUACACCUCUAAAUAUACAUGAAAAAAUUCACGCAGGAGGAAGAUUCAUUGAUAUUAAGGAAUGUGGGCAAAUUUUGAACCACAGCAUAUCCCAUAAUGAACAACAGAGAAUUCCUGUUGAAGAAAGUCUAUAUAAAUGUAGUAAAACCUCUCAGAGUUCAUCCCUUGCUCAAAACAUGAGAAAUCAUUCUGAAGAGAAACCUUUUGAAUGUAACCAGUGUGGGAAAUCCUUCAGCUGGAGCUCCCAUCUUGUUGCACAUCAGAGAACUCAUACAGGGGAGAAACCUUAUGAAUGUAAUGAAUGUGGAAAAUCCUUCAGCCGGAGCUCACACCUUGUUUCCCAUCAGAGAACUCAUACUGGAGAGAAGCCUUAUAGAUGCAAUCAGUGUGGGAAAUCCUUUAGUCAGAGCUAUGUCCUUGUUGUGCAUCAGAGAACUCAUACUGGAGAGAAGCCUUAUGAAUGCAGUCAGUGUGGAAAGUCAUUCAGGCAGAGCUACAAACUUAUUGCACAUCAAAGAACUCAUACUGGUGAGAAGCCCUAUGAAUGCAAUCAAUGUGGGAAAUCAUUUAUCCAGAGUUACAAACUUAUUGCACAUCAAAGAAUUCAUACUGGAGAAAAACCCUAUGAGUGCAAUCAAUGUGGGAAAUCCUUUAGUCAAAGUUAUAAACUUGUUGCUCAUCAGCGAACUCACACAGGAGAAAAACCCUUUGAAUGUAAUCAGUGUGGAAAAUCCUUCAGCUGGAGCUCUCAGCUUGUUGCUCAUCAAAGAACUCACACUGGAGAGAAACCCUAUGAAUGUAAUGAUUGUGGAAAAUCUUUCAACCGCAGUUCUCACCUAGUUAUGCAUCAAAGAACUCAUACUGGAGAAAAGCCCUAUGAAUGCAAUCAGUGUGGGAAAUCCUUCAGCCAGAGUUAUGUUCUUGUUGUACACCAGAGAACUCAUACUGGAGAAAAGCCCUAUGAAUGCAGUCAGUGUGGAAAAUCCUUCAGGCAGAGUUCAUGCCUUACUCAACAUCAGAGAACUCAUACUGGAGAGAAACCGUAUGAAUGUAAUCAGUGUGGAAAGACGUUCAGCUUGAGUGCUCGACUUAUUGUACAUCAAAGAACUCAUACUGGAGAGAAACCCUUUACAUGUAAUCAGUGUGGGAAAGCAUUUAUUAACAGCUCUAAACUUGUUAGGCAUCAGGCAACUCAUACUGAAGAGAAACCCUAUGAAUGUAACUAGUUUGGAAAUCUUUAAGUCAGAGUUUAUUCCUUUUUCUUUCACUCUUUAAACAUUUAUUUUAAAGUGGUACACGUACUGGGAAGAACUAGUAUAAAGACCAUAUAUGUGGAAAAACUUUCAGUUAGCCCUUCAUUAUGGUAUAUCUGGAAAUUUGUUCUGAAGAAAGGGGGAAAAUCUAUGAACUACAUAUUUUAACUUAAUACUUUCACAUGCAAAAUCAAACUUGGCUAGUAUGACACAUUUCUACAAAAGUAAGAAAUAUUGGCACUUUUCCUUGCAGAAAACACUCAGACCUGAAUCUGAGAGAAAACUAUAAGAUAUGGAGUAAAUGCCACUGGGGUAGACUUCUUUUCCCACUUUUAGCAUUCCACAAAAAUGGAAUGCUAACACUGGUGGGUUUGUUGUUUGGAAGAUUGCUGUCAUUCUUAGAACUUAGGUUGGAAAACUAUUUCAUUGUAUCAUUUUACUACAUGAUUUCUCCAUUACAUUAGUUUGUAACCUAUAUCAUACAGCACUUUCUGUUUCACGUGAAGACUUUGUAAAAAUUAGGAAAAUGGCUGUGAUGAAGUGAAAAAUGCAGGACAUAUGCACAGUAAUAAUCAUUUCUAGAGCCAUUAUGAUAAUAUAUUUGUAUAUGGAUCAGAACUGAAAGGGAUUAGGGGUGUAUCUUUUUGGUUUUUUAGAUGAUGUUGGGUCUUUUUUGGAAUGUAUGCUAUAAAAACUAUGUAUUUGGAAAAACUUUCAGUUAGUCCU